AUGGUAGCACACAGCAAGGUGGAAGCAGAUAAUGCAGUUGCAAAUAGAAGAUGUCCACAUCUGGAAAUCCCAGUCCGUGACCAUUCACAAAUCCAUCCUGCUAGACACAUCCACCAUAGCCCUGGACGUCCCCUUCCUGCUAUCCUGCUCAGUGAUACUCAUUUCAGUACCUUCCGCUCUAACUUUGAGUUUGCUGUUAUCACAAAGACCAGCAGCCUGCUGGAUGAUUGUGGAUUCUACUGGGGACCCAUGACAGUGAAGACUGCUCAUGAGAAACUAAAACCAGAGCCAGUGGGUACUUUUCUUAUCAGAGACAGCAAGCAAAAAAAUUGCUUUUUUGCAAUUAGUGUUAGAACUGCAACAGGACCUAUUAGUAUAAGGAUUAUUUUUCAAGCUGGGCAAUUUAGUUUGGAUGGAAGCAAAGAGUCAUUUAACUGUCUUUUUCAACUAGUGGAACAUUAUUUGACUUCCCCCAAAAAGAUGUUAGUGGUGCCAUUAAGAAAAGUUAGGUUGAGACCUUUGCAAGAACUCUGUCGAAAAAGCAUUUUAAAAACUUUUGGGAAAGAAAACUUGGACCACAUCCCUAUCAACAGGGUUUUAAAGGACUAUCUAAAGUUGUUCCCAUUUUGCAUAUAA